AUGCCUGGCAUCGACCCGAACAUCAUCUGCCAUCGACUCGACGUUAACCCUGCCAGCAAGGCAAUGCCGCAGAAAAGACGAAACUUCGCUCUUGUGCGGGUCGCAAUCAUCGAAGCCGAGAUCGACAAACUCCUAGCUGCCGACUUCAUCGAAGAGCUGCUCAGCUUCAUGGGUGCCUACUCCCACUAUAACCAAAUCCUGAUGCACGAGGAUGACAAGGUGAAAACUUCCUUCAUCAUCGAGAAAGGGACCUACUUCUACAAGGUCAUGCCCUUUGUGCUGAAGAACGCCGAAGCAACCUACCAAAGGCUCGUGAAUAAAAUCUUCAAGGAGCAAAUCGGCAAAACUAUGGAAGUCUACAUGGACGACAUGCUGGUCAAGGCCCCAAAGUGUGCAGAUCACAUCAAAAACCUCGCUGAGUCAUUCAGCCUGCUCCGCCAGUAUCGCAUGAAGUUGAAUCCAAGUAAAUGCACAUUUGGUGUAUCCUCCGGCCGAUUCUUGGGAUACCUAGUCACGCAAUGA